AAAGAGCAGCACUCAAUUUUGGAGAGCAGCCACGAUUCAUAUCUACAAUAUCUAUACCUUAUUCUAAAUAUAUGUCUAUUCAGACAUUUCUUUCUGUUCAAAGGCGGGAAGGAAUCUGAAAAUAUGACAGGUCAUGUACAGUGCCAGCCACUCCAGCCCUAGUAGUGCCAAUAAACUCACUGUAAUGGAAGCCAUGGGUGAUCAUGAGUAUGCCAUAGAGGACAUUCUGGCAGCGGGAGACCCAGAAGCCCUUUUUCAGAGCUAUGUUGAUGAAGACCCAGGAGUGUUUUUUCAGGACUAUGCUGAGGAAGACCUGGGAGACCUCUAUCAGGAGGACCAUGUUGAUGAAGACCAGGGAGACCUUUAUCAGGAACAUGUUGAUGAAGACCAGGGAGACCUUUAUCAGGACCAUGUUGAUGAAGACCUGGAAGACCUCUAUCAGGACAAUGUUGAUGAAGUCCAGCAAAUUAAUGUCACAGUCUUCAUGCCAGUCAUUGCAAUUCCUCUCUUAAUACCAGUAUUUGUACCAGUUCCUGUGCCAGUUCCCGUACAAUCUAAUGCGGACCAGCAGAGAGUGUCCAGUCCCAUAGUCUCAUCGAGGGGUGUCAACGUUGGACAGUCCAACACACAGGUGGGAAAAGAUGCCAGAGGAUCUGCUUUGUGUUGCUCAGCAACAGUUUUGGAGUCUGAGCCGAGGCCAUCAACCAGCAAUGCCUCUGUGUCUACUGAGACCAAAGGGACGUUGUCAAGGAAGAGACGGAGGUGCCCCUCAGACGAUGGUUCAGCCGUGGGGAGCACGCCACAGGAGGCCGAAGAUAGGCCCUGUGUUCCCACACUACAGGAAGACCUCAGAGGAGUCGUAGACACAAGGGAGAUCCUAGAUUAACACAAUAACCUGGUCCACUUUGUACUAAGUGUCCUUAUUACAAUGUAACAAAGUAGGUAUUAGAAGGCCUAUUAUCACAUUACUAAUGGUACUUCUAAGUAUACUUACUAGAGGUACAUAUUAGGUGCAUAGUACCAAAAGGCACUUAAAGUAAGUAAGUUGUCUCUUGUUAUAGACUUACACAAUGGCCUAUGAAAAAGAAAUAAACAAAAUACAACAUC